AGAGCCACCAGUAAUGUCGUUCUAAUCUUCUUCCUCCCACUCUGCAAGCAAUGGAAACCAUUAACUGAUUUUGAAAAGGGAAAUCCAAUGAGCUUAGCCAUGUCUUUAGCACCCAGCAGCUACGCUUCUCUCUACUCUUCUUCACCGCCAUUGCCCAGAGCUAUGACCACCACCACCGCUAAGCAACUUCUCUUCUCUCCGUCCAAGAAUUUCUCAUUUUUCACUAGUCCAGCUUCUUUGUCGAGUUCCCAGUUGCUAAAACCUUGUAAUUUGAUUGUUAAAGCAUCUGAAACUGAAUCAAAAUCAGAGAGCGGAGAAGAAGAGCAAUAUGAGGAAUAUGAAGUAGAAUUAUUGCAGCCUUAUGGACUUAAAUUUGCAAAAGGAAGAGAUGGUCGGACUUACAUUGACGCCAUUGCUCCUGGUGGCGCUGCUGAUAAGACUGGCAUGUUCACCGUUGGUGAUAAAGUUAUUGCCACCAGUGCUAUGUUUGGGACAGAGAUAUGGCCAGCUGCUGAGUAUGGAAGGACUAUGUACACCAUUCGUCAAAGAAUUGGGCCACUGCUCAUGAGAAUGCAGAAGAGAUAUGGGAAGAUGGAUUAUGCGGGCGAAAUGACGGAAAAGGAAAUCAUCAGAGCGGAGAGGAACUCCGGUUUUAUUAGUGAUCGAGUGAGGGAAAUUCAAAUGCAAAAUUACAUAAGGAAGAAAGAACAGAAAGCAGACAGGGAAAAAGAUCUUCGUGAAGGGCUAUUACUAUACAAAAACGGCAAAUAUGAGGAAGCACUCGAGAAAUUUGAAUCCGUGUUGGGAUCAAAACCCGAGCCAGCUGAAGCUUCAGUGGCUAGUUACAAUGUUGCCUGCUGUUAUUCGAAGCUCAAUCAGUUAAAAGCUGGGAUCUCUGCACUUGAGGAUGCCUUGAAAGGAGGAUUUGAAGACUUCAAGAGAAUUCGAACGGAUCCUGACCUGGCUAAUAUAAGAACAUCUGAGGAAUUUGAACCUCUUCUAAAAAGGUUUGAUGAAUCGUUUAUCAACGAGAAUGCAAUCAACGCCAUCAAGUCUCUUUUCGGCUUCAACAAAAAAUAAAGCCGUCAAGUUGAACUCGGAUUACAGAAUUGAAAUUGGUGAAAACACAAAUGAAAUUAGCAGAGCUAUUGAUUGGACGGGCCACACUCCGCUUCCAACGACAAGUAUCUUUUGUAUGAUUUGUUCAUAGCAUUUGUAGUAGGGAAGUAUGGAAAGGUCUAAUGUAACUCAUAAAGAGAGUUGUGUAUUGAUAUAUAGUACUUUUGACAAGAAAUAUGAAAAGAAAGCAAAAUUUCAUGUC